AUGUUGAAGCAAAAGAUUAAGGCUGGUGCAAUUAAGAUCAAGAGAUAUGAUGAGAGAUGCCAACAGUUUAAACAAAAUCAACAGUUUCAGACUAACCAGAAACUUUUCUAUGAGACUCUGGAUGGAAAGAAUAGAGGAGGGAAAGAACAACUUGACCCAAUUGAAGCAACUACUUUCUGGAGAAAGAUAUGGUCAAAAGAGGUCUUUCACAAUGAGCAGGCUUCUUGGCUAGAGCAAGUUGAGCAGAAGUUCAGCGCAAUAGAGGUGCAAGAAGAUAUCAACAUCACCAUGGAGGAUAUUAGAACGGGAGUGAGUAAGAUGGCAAAUUGGAAGGCAGCUGGCCCUGACUUAGUCCAGGGCUACUGGUUUAAGAAGCCACCAGGAUUACACCCUAGAUUGCAACUACACCUGCAAGACUGUGUGCGUGAAGGAAAUGUGCCAGAGUGGGUGGUCAAAGGAAGGACAGUGCUCAUUCAGAAAGACCCAACGAAGGGCACCCAAGCUAACAACUACCGUCCUAUCGCCUGCCUACCCAUAAUGUGGAAGCUACUGACUGGAAUCAUGGGUGAGAAACUGUACCAGCACCUGGAGGGGAAUGGACUACUAGCAGAUGAGCAAAAAGGUUGCAGGAAAGGAUCGAGAGGAACGAAAGAUCAGUUGCUUGUAGACAAGGCAAUCCUAAAGAACUGCUGGAGAAGGUUGACGAACUUGUCAUUGGCUUGGAUAGACUAA